AUGAAAAUGAAUAAAUUGGUCACCGCUUCUAGGAGGAAAAAUAGAAAAAGGCAUUUUAAUGCCCCUUCUCAUAUUAGAAGAGUUAUUAUGAGUGCUCCAUUAUCUAAAGAAUUGAGACAAAAGUAUGGUGUGAGAUCCAUUCCUAUCCGAAAAGAUGACGAGGUAAUGAUAACCCGCGGACAUUACAAAGGGCCUCAAGUAGGUAAAAUUGUUCAAGUCUACAGAAAAAAAUAUGUAGUUUAUAUUGAAAGAAUACAACGAGAAAAGGCUAACGGCGCUUCUGUUCACGUUGGUAUACAUCCUUCUAAAGUUGUGAUUGUAAAACUAAAGAUGGAUAAAGAUAGAAAAUUGCUUCUUGAACGCCGUGCCAGAGGUAAACAAUUGGCAGAAAAGGGUAAAGGCAAGCAUACGGAAGAGUCCGUUGCAAUGGAAACAUAA